CGCACAAAUAUUUCACUCACCUCCUCGUCAACACUUUUUGGUUCAUUCCACAUACCACUGUUCCUUAUUUAAUUCACGCCCAGCAGCCAUACUUGGUCCAUUACCGCUCAUUCCUAAGUCAACCCUUUCUACGAGCAAAAUGGAGGACCUGCGUAUAAGACGUGUUGUGCAGACUGAAGAUUUAUCAAAUGUUGAAUUUGAGACUAGCGAAGAUGUCGAAGUUAUUCCCACGUUUGAUAGCAUGGGCUUGCGAGAAGAACUGCUGCGCGGUAUUUAUGCAUACGGAUUUGAAAAACCAUCAGCCAUUCAGCAGCGUGCUAUCAAGCCGAUAGUGAAGGGUCGUGAUGUAAUCGCACAAGCACAGUCUGGUACUGGGAAAACUGCUACAUUUUCCAUUGCCAUACUUCAGUCAUUAGAUACAGCUGUGCGAGAGAGCCAAGUCCUCUGCCUAUCACCUACACGAGAACUUGCAACACAGAUACAAAAGGUUAUUUUGGCGUUGGGCGACUUCAUGAAUGUCCAGUGUCAUGCAUGCAUUGGUGGUACUAAUUUAGGUGAGGACAUAAGAAAGUUGGAUUAUGGUCAACAUGUUGUUUCCGGUACACCAGGACGAGUAUUUGAUAUGAUAAGACGAAGAGUUCUGCGGACACGAUCAAUAAAAAUGCUGGUUUUAGAUGAAGCUGAUGAAAUGUUAAACAAAGGUUUCAAAGAACAGAUAUAUGAUGUAUAUCGAUACCUUCCACCAGCUACUCAGGUGGUGCUUAUUUCUGCGACACUUCCUCAUGAAAUUUUGGAAAUGACAAGUAAAUUCAUGACAGAUCCAAUAAGGAUUUUAGUAAAACGUGAUGAGCUGACUCUGGAAGGAAUAAAACAGUUCUUUGUAGCUGUAGAAAGAGAAGAAUGGAAGUUUGAUACUUUGUGUGACCUUUAUGAUACUUUAACUAUAACACAAGCUGUUAUAUUUUGCAACACAAAAAGGAAGGUAGACUGGCUAACAGAAAAAAUGCGAGAGGCAAAUUUUACUGUUAGCUCAAUGCAUGGAGACAUGCCCCAAAAGGAGCGUGAUGCUAUUAUGAAGGAAUUCCGAUCAGGGCAGAGUCGUGUUCUUAUUACAACAGAUGUGUGGGCUAGAGGCAUUGAUGUUCAGCAAGUAUCUCUUGUAAUAAAUUAUGAUUUGCCGAACAACAGAGAACUGUACAUCCACAGGAUUGGUCGCUCUGGCCGAUUUGGGAGAAAAGGUGUUGCCAUCAAUUUUGUCAAAACUGAUGAUAUAAGGAUUUUGCGAGACAUUGAACAAUAUUAUUCAACUCAGAUUGACGAAAUGCCAAUGAAUGUUGCUGAUUUGAUAUGAACAGUCUGGAGCCUAAGAUGCAUUUCUGCAUUGAUGAGAACUGGUGACCACUUGUUUUAUCUGGCAGAGGAAGAUUUUUUGUUUUGUAUCAGAUGUUUUAGUUCAUAUUCAUUAUUCUCAGUGUUAUGCAUUUAUGUUAUAUCUUAUCAGUUAAGUAAAUAGUAUUUCUUUAUAAUUUAUUAGAGAG